AUGGCCAUACCGAGCAGGUUAGUUGUUGAUGGGAACUAUAAUAAGCCAGGAAAAAAAAAGAGGUGGGUUCGGCUGGAGCCCCUGCGGCCGCCGCCGGACGGCCCCCGCCCCUUCCCGCUCCGCGAGCAGGAGCGCUGGGGAGGACACAGCACCGAGCAGCCGGCGGGUGGCCAUGGCCUUGGUGUGACAGUCUCCCGGGCGGCCGGGCGGGUGCGGGCCGCAGGCCCGCAGGCCUGGGCCGGCUCGGCAGCGCCAGGAGGAAGCGGGGUCCCUGGGCCCCUUUGUGUGAAGGGCGGGGGAGGGGUGCCGGGCAGCCCCUGCUGCGGGCUCCGGGGACACCCAGCCGCGGCCCCCACCCCUUCCCUCCCUCCUCCCGGGGUGGGGGGUGCGCCCGUCUCCCCACCGGCGCAGCGCGGCUCCGGCCUCGCCCUCCUCCCCACGCCCCCUGCCUGGGCUUCAGUUCCUAUAGGAAGGGCAUUACCAUCCCUUCCCCACCCACCCCGACACUUCGCUCUUUCCCCUCCCCCGCCCUUAACUUCCUCUUCUUCCCCGGCUGGGCCCUGGGCUGCUCUGCGCUCUCCUCCCCAGUUCGCAGAUUUCCGCCCACCUUCCGCCUCGCCUAGCCGCAGCGCAGCUAGCGGGGUGUUAUUUUCGCCCCCUCUGGUAGGAGUUGCUGAAGAUUUCUACCGCAAAGAGAUCGAAGUGGACUCUUCCCCCUCCGUGCUGGAAAUUCUGGACACCGCAGGAACUGAGCAGUUUGCCUCCAUGAGAGAUCUCUACAUCAAAAACGGCCAAGGUUUCAUCCUGGUUUACAGUCUGGUUAAUCAACAGUCUUUUCAGAUAAAACUCAGAGGAAAUUUGCACAGAUGCUGCUUUGGAGAACUUGACAACCUGGGUUGCAGAACUGAGCCUUGGUAAACCUGUCUCUAUUACAGCGUGUUGCCAUGCAUCUAAGUGCAUAAGGUCUUUGGCCUUCAAGAUCCAGUGACCUUACACAGGAAUGCUUAGCACGUUUACCAUACAUUUAAAAUCUGUUCUUUAGCAAUCAGUCCUUUUAUAGCUUUCUAAGUUCUUAUUAAUGGUUAAUACGCAAGAAUUAAUUUUUAAUAUCUUAAUUGAUUUCUUUAAUCAGUUUCUCAACUUGUAUUUAUUAAACACUCAAACUCAGUAUUACCUACUCAAUGCCUUUUAAAAGAAAGUUAUAAUGGAGAAAAAAGUUGAGCCUUAAACAAAUGGUUACUUCUGUAUAUUACCUCGUACCAGUGCUUCAUCCAUCCUAUUUGUAAAAUCUUUCUCCUUUAAAUGGUUGGUUGAUAUUUUGAGACUUUGUUUACGUGUGGCAGUGUUGUAAAAAGAAACUAAAGAUCACAUUUUACCUGUAUGGAUGGAAUAUCCCUUUCUUCAAGUACAGUUUGUGAUGUUUUGUAAUUAACAUAUUCUGAAACUUAAAAUUGAUAUUGGAAAUUGACUGUAUUUAGUUGAAGAGUUAAGUAUUCGAUUCCAUUAGGUUUUCACAUGUGUUAAUCUCAUUUACAGCAUUGAAUUGUGGCAGUAACAUUUUCCUUUCUGUGAAGUUCUAAAUUUAGUUAUGACCUACUUAGUAAUGCUUUUGAAAAGGGAUAUUGUAUCCAUGGUAAAUUAAUUGUAUACCUAAACAGAGAUAGCUCAGCUUUGCCUGUCAGGCUUGUAAUUGACAUCUAGUAGACUUCUGCACAUGUAAAAUUGAAUUCAAGUAAAGUCAUGUAUACUUUCUAGUUCUUAAUAUUUAUCUUUCUGAAUAAUAGUUUAAAGCAAUAUUUGUUAAAGUUUUCUUGCACUAUCACAAUUGCUUUUUAGUUAUUUCUCAAGAAGCAUGUUCGUAGUAGAGACAAAAUCUGUGUAACAGGAGGGAGAAUAGCACCGAGUCUCUGGGCUAUUUUUUAUUUUUGCAAAUGUGCAUUGUAAUAGCCAUUGCCUUCCAUGUUGUUUACCUAAUCAGCACAUUUUGUCUGAAUACUUGAACAUUUUAACAGUAACACAGGUAUAGAAACACAAAGGAAACUUAUAAAGAGUAAUCUUUUGGUUCAUUUUCAGCAUCAUGACAAUGAGCGCUUUUUCUAGCAAUGAUUUUUCAAUUGUGUAAGUUUGACAGUAUUUUGUUGUUAGGUUUUUAUUUGGUUUUAUUUGUGCUUUUAAUUUGCAGACGUUAGUAACCGCAGCUCACCUACUGCACCAAAGUUCUCGAUUUUAGGAGCCCAGCUUUAGUCAUUUGAACAUGCUUCUAAGUAAAAUGAAACAAAAAAACCAAAACUAUACUUUUGACUUAUAAUAAUAGCUCAAUAACUUUGUCAAGGAAAGCUCUUAAUAUAUGCAGUGAUGGUUUAUGGAAGGGUGUGGCAAGUUUUGAAUUUAUAUUGUGUGUGAUGUUCAAAUAAAGUGAUAUCUACAUUCAUGUGACUUAUUGGUCAGCAUGACCAUUAAUUAUUGAAUAGAAAUGGAUUAAACUUUGAUUUCCUUUUUUUAAAUCGUGUUGCAUUUGAUUCCUGAUCAAAUUCCCUCAAAAUGAACUCUUAAUUCUUGAAUUUUGAAUUUUAUGGUGAGAUUGUAAAGGUAGAGGCAGUUGAAACAUUGUUCCUUAUUUAUAAAUGGCUUGAAAUGAAUAUUUAAGUUUGCACUUUAAUACCAAACUUAAACCCAGCACUCAUUUCAAAGUAGGUUACGUGAUCAUGAUUCAUCUUUUUAGCUUUGUGAAAUUCUAAAGGAAUCAAAUAAUUCAUGAUGAUUUAAAGUUUCUGCAGAUUGAUUUUUUAAAACAGUAUUUCUUUCCUACGAAUAUUGUCAUCCCUCCUGCCCCCGUCUCUCCCUAUUACAGUGUUCAUUGUCGUUGACCUCAACAGCAAAUUUAACUUGAAUUCACUUAGGAUCGCAGGAAUCAGGGGAAAGUGAUUUUAAAAGUGGUUUCUCCAGCACAUUUUAAGAAAAGGGACCAAAAGUUAUUUUAGCUUCCUCAAUAGAUUGCAUGUUGCCUAUUAGGAUAAUAAAUUAAUAUUAAAUGCAAUAUAUGUCUUGUCUUUACUAUGGCAUCUGUUUAGGAGUUGUUCAAAUCACUGCAGUAGGGCUCUGCAAAUAAAAUCAUGUAACCUUUUGUCAUGGAUCUAAUGUACUGUAACUUUAUCAGUGAACGGUAAAAAUCUCAAAUAACAAGUACAAACAUUGAACAAUUACCUAUAAAGAUUUGUAAAAGUAAAUUUUUUCCAAUAGAUUUCAUUCUUGUCAUUUUGUAAGAUGACCCUGCAGUCCACCUGUUUGUAACUUUUUUAAUAAAAUAGACAUCUGUAUUACUGA